AUGUCACUUGCCAUAGCCGGCGAUUGUUACCGACGCUUAGGUUAUUUUGAUAAGGCAUUAGAAUUGCUUCAACAAUCGCUUGAAGUAUUAUCGACAGUAAAUGAUCAAGAUCAAGCAACAAACAGGCAAUUGACAUUCGUGUUUAUACGUAUUGCUUUAGUUUUUUGCGAUCAAAGCGAUAAUGAACAAGCCCUUUUAUGGAUUCGUCGAUCGUUUGAUACAUUGUCCCAUGUUACUGAUAUUUAUAUCGUACCUAUCAUAUUUGAAGCUAAAAUUCCAGCUGCGAUGCCACCACCCGUUAAUAGCAAUAAUAAUAAGAGCAAAAGACAGCAGCACCAUGGUGAAAAAAAACAACAUCGACAUCUGAAAAUUGAUGAAAAAUCCGAUUUAACAAAACAAUUACUUAAUCAAAUUGGUGAUGCUUUCCUUUUUUGA